CCUGCUGCAGCGCCCUGAGGCAUCCCGCCAAUCGCCCGCUGGCCCCAGGAGCCAAUGGCGUCUAAUCGGGCACAAAACUUGUGAAGCAGAUGCACGACCUCGGCCGCUGUCACACGGCCGUGCCAAUGGCGAGUCGUGCUUGGGGAUGUUUCUUGCUGCUUGUCUCGGACCAACGAGCAGAUUUCCGGCCAUCGCAACAUGGCGUUAUCACAAUUGGUGGCGUUUGUGCGCGCAUCUUUUGUUCUUGUUUGCAUAAACGUCGGUCCGCACUACUCCGGACGAACAGUGCAGAUGCGGCACGAGGACGAUUUUGUUUUUGCCAUGAUCGAGUCUUUUUUGCCUUUGCCACUGGGAACACCGUGACCGUCCGCAAAGACUCAUGUCCGUUUCGCCAUCGUAAAGAGCAAGUUUCAGUGGGAGUUGCAGGGAGUCAAAUCUAAAUAUAGAAAUAGAAUUCGCACAGACAAUUUCAAGCUCCA